CAACAACAAUCAACAAUAAGGAGUGUCUAUCGUAGAAGUCAAAUUUUGCUAUUAUAUUUAUAGAUCUACGCACGUUACCUCUAAAUCUAGAUUUCUAGGGUUUCUAGAUCUACAAAUCUAGAUCUAGCAAUUGUAGGCCUAUAGGCUAGCCUAGCACUUGAGAGGUGAAGGCAGUAAACCGUGACUGUGACCCGUAAAGCGGAUACGUCGACAGCUUGCGGUAGCCUAGCCUAGCCCAGCUUGCUUCUUUUCUUUCAAUUUCAAUUUUAACGUGCUGUAGGGAGUCCUCCUGCUGUAGGGUAGGGCACUCCUGUACUUAUUACCAAUUGGCACUUGAUGGUUUGCAACGUUUUAGACACUGGUUGAAUGUGUGAACAGGGACAGGAGCUCUGUGUUGAUUUAAUCCUCGUGGCUACAUGGUAGAUUCUAUGCCCUGCCCUUGUGUGCUGUUGUCAGUUGUGUGGUUUCCAACAGUGUAGUGUAGUAGAAUCUAGAUCUAUUAGAUGAUAAGAAUCUAGAUUAGAAGUACACACAAGACCAACACUGGGAUUUGAUGGCCUUAUAUUGCCUUUGAAUUUCAAGUUUAUUGACAUUAUAUAAAAUAAUAUAAUUUACUCUGGGCAUAACAAAAGGUGCUGUGUCUACAGAGCUGUUUUCCCUCAUGCGUCAUGCCUAGGCCAUAGAGUCAUUUGUAUUAGGAUCUUUAUUGUUCAUGAUUGGUCAUAGCAUGUUUGAAAGUAGAGGUUAAAAAAUAAAUAUUCUACUUUUAAUGAUGUGAUAUUGUCGUGCUUAUUUUAGAAAGCAUAAUCAUCAGUGAGUGACUGUACGAUGGCAAGCCUUGUAAUAACGUACAUCUUGUGGUUAUUUUUUGGCUGGUUUGGGUGGCAUCAUGUAUACCUGGACCGUUGGAAUCAAGCAAUAGCAUGGUUCAUUACCUGUGGCGGAGGAUUUGGCUUGGGAUGGUUGCGAGACCUCUGGAGAAUCCCUGAUUAUGUGGCUUGGAUUAACAGAGACAAAGAUUUUGAAAUGCGACACUUGUCAUCAAUAGCUGAAGGGAAGCCAUCUUGCAGCAGUUUUCGUUUGUGUGGAAUGCUUGGGCUUGGAUUUGUUCUGAGCCUGGCUUUGUGUUGCCUUACCCCAGAGUAUGCUGCCAAGGAAAUUGAUGGAAGUCCUGCAUGGUACUGGUACCUGUUUUGCAGAACUUUGUUUGUAGCCUUGGUCCUUUCGGGCAGCUCCUUGGGAGUGUAUCUGGUGAGCAAUAUUGGAGAGCUGCAGUGUUCUCUCUUGUACCCACUCCUCGGCUCUGUUUUAGCUGUGCCUUGGCUCAUCACUAAUGAGUCAAAUGUCUUCCUGCCAACUAUUUUUGCUGCAUUGGUGACAUGGUGGAAGGGACUGUGCUGGCGACCACUCAGAGACAAGCAGAAAUCAUCCCUCUCCUCCCUCGUUUUGUACGGCAUUGCAGCUUUCUUGUGGCUGGCCCUCCUGUUUUAUGGAAUUUACUUCACAGCCCACAUCACACUAAAAGACGGGGAAAAAAUUCCUGUCCGGAUUGUGAUUUCAAACUUCUUCAAUUCUCCCGCAUGGCAAAGUACUAAGGACACUUUGUAUGCACUAUAUGAUUCUCUCACUCGGAAUGGCUUUUCAAAAACGUACGCUGAUGCGUGGGAUCUCGUAGACUUCUCGGGAGAAAUGAAUGCAUUGAAGAUACUUGGCCUUGAUCGACAUGCCAGUUAUGAAGAAAUAAAGAAAGCUUGCAGGCAGAUGUCUCGGCAGUACCACCCUGACCUGCAAAGAACAGAAGAAGCCAAAUUGGAAGGAGAGAAAAUGUUCAUCACUGUACAAGAAGCCUGCAGCAUCCUUACAAGAUUCCGUUCAAGAAAGUCCUAAGCAAACGUUCAUAGCUCUCACUCUGGAAAUCUUUCAAGUGUUGUCUGAAAUAAUUUGCAUAAUCUUAUUCAUUAUGAUAAGCAGGCCAUAUGAAUUCAAAGGCCUUUUCCUAGAGUUCUCUGAAAAGUAAGGUGAAUAUGAUCAUAACUAAAAGUAAUUGCUCUCUUUACAAUUUAUUGAAUUGUAAAUAGCAAUGCAUGCUGCUUGUUGUUACCAAUGGAAAAAGUGCUUCGAUCCAUGUGGGACCAGUGUUGAGGAGUAGCUGACUGGUGAUAUUUCAUAAACAUGUACAUUUUGUUCAGAUUGUGUAUUCAAUGGUUUUAUCACUUUACUUUUCAGACAGCCAUUGUAUUUGUGUUAAUACGAGAAUCACUAGAUUUUCUAUUAGCUCUAUCCAGAAUUUUCUUGUUUUGAUUUUUAAAUGGGUUGUUUUAUGGUUUUAUGGAAGAGAUGCGAAAAGAAGACUUCUUGUUUGAGUCUGGAGUGGCUAUUGCCCUGUAGUUUUAGAUUUGUCAAAGCAAAAAGUGGAAAAAAGUUGAGUUACUUUUCUAGAUUUGUUGUCAAUGUUUUACAUGUAUAAAUACCAUGUGGAACUCUGAUUCAUCAAACUCAGAUUCCAUGAAAACGUUACUUCAACAAAUGGAGAUGGAUUCCCUGUUUUAAAAAAAAAAAAUUCUUUAAAAUCAAUAAAAAUAACUCUGAUUCAACGAACACAUAUCAACAACCUUGGAUUCAACAAAGUUGCUUACAGGGUGAACAGUCCCCUCUGAUGUGGCUUCGCUCAUUUUACUCCAGCAACGAAUCUUAUCUAUCCCUGGAAACCAUCCAUGGCACCUCUGCAUUGUGAACGCUUUGCCUAUUGUUUAUAGCUUGUGUGACCAAUCAGCAGCCUUCUUUCAUACCAAGACAUGCAUUGUUGGCAUGCACACAUGUCUUAGCAUGUGUCGAGGUCGGAUGGGCGGCUAGUACACGUGUGACUGUGAGGGUGUGUCGAGCGUGUAUCUUGGGGUAGGGGGCACAAACAGUCCGGGCGUGGAACGUGAGUAAAUACAAACAAGUCAGUCAUAUUUUUUCCCCACUGACUGAUGACCUAUAAUACAAUAAGCUAGUUUUGACAUAGAUCUGCGUAAUAAAUUGUACGCUGCUCUGUGGAAUCAAAACGUUGCUGUAUGCUAGGCUCGACACUAAAGCAACACAACUUUUUUGGCUAACUAUAUGUCAUAGGUGACAUUUGAAUGAAUUGACCCUUUUGCACAGUGUGUGCUUGGUAGAGUUCAGUGUAUUGUCCUGGAAUUUUCCAGCAUUUCUUCGUUUUUUCGGUAUGGCAUCAAAGAAACGAAAAUGCCUCUCAUUUGAAACCAAACUGCUUUUGAUGGAUGACAUUGAAAAGGGGUAAAGUAAAAAAAAAAAGCAAGCAUUUCAAGGUGGCUACCAUUAUUGUUACUUCCCUUUUUAUAAAUACAUUACCUGCUCGGUGCCUGUAAUUAUCUCCACAAAAACCUCAUGUUUAAUCGAGCACUGAGAUUCAACUAAAUUGAGGGAUAGGCCCUAUGACUUCGUAGAAUCCGAGUUUCACUGUAAAUAUUAUUAUUAUGAGCUUUUGCCCAUAGGUGGGUACCGAAAAUGUAGCACUGACAGAGAGUUGAUGAUACAGUUUUUAAAAUUUGGUUUUACUUGAAUUUUUCUAUUCAUGUAUAUCUCCUCCAACAAAAACAUGUAUUUACAGACCUACAGAUGGCAUGCUAAGCUGUGUUACUGGCGUUACAUAACAUCAAGGCAAAUUCUUUCAGACAUAAUUGUGAUGACAUAUUUUUUAGAAUUUGAACAUACAAAAUUAUUGAAACAGUUUUUUUUAAUUGCUUUAAUUUUCAAACAUAAGCAUGAAGAGCCUAUAAAAUGGUGAGGA